AGUGGAGCGGUAGACUGUACGUAGGUAACUUCUCUUGUGAGCCUCGCAGUGGAUUCUAUGUGAGCGCGCCAGGGGCAGGAAGGGGCCGCGGCAACAGGUUAUCGGAGCAGGUUAUACCAGUGGAGUGGUAGACUGUACGUAGGUAACUUCUCUUGUGAGCCUCGCAGUAGAUUCUAUGUGAGCGCGCCAGGGGCAGGAAGGGGCCGCGGCAACAGGUUAUCGGAGCAGGUUACAGCAGUGGAGCGGUAGACUGUACGUAGGUAACUUCUCUUGUGAGCCUCGCAGUGGAUUCUAUGUGAGCGCGCCAGGGGCAGGAAGGGGCCGCGGCAACAGGUUAUCGGAGCAGGUACUCGGAGGGGAGUAGUGAGCUCAGUCAGUCGGUGCUUGGCGGGAACAUGUUGAGGUUGUGCGUGUUGCUGGCGGUUUGCGGCCUCUCGGCGGCUCAGACGGACUUAAAGGCGUACCUCAACUCGCAGUACGAGCCUGAGGCCUCGCGGCUUUGCAACCUGUACUCUCUGGCCGCUUGGGAGUACAACACUAACCUCACCGGCGAGGGAAAUGCGGCCCGGAUGAUCGAGCGCUCGCUGAACUUCUCGAGGUACCAGAAGGAGCAGUGGCAACAGCACUUCCAGGGCCUCAACUGGAGAGAGGAGAGCGACCCCAUUUUCUCCAGACAACUGCACCUGCUGACCGUGCUGGGCGUCUCGGCGCUCAACGACUCCCGUCUAGCCGAGCUCAACAACAUCACGGCUACGAUGGUGGGUUUGUACAGCACCGCCAAGAUAUGUCCGCAGGCGAACGUCAGCUGUGACCUCGAGAAGGAAGGCCUGUCUCUGGAUCCUCAGAUCGAGGGCAUCAUGGCGAACUCACGCAGCUACGACGAGUUGCUGCACGCCUGGCAGGCCUGGAGGGACGCCACUGGGCCCAAGAUGCGAGACGACUACGAGACCUACGUGAAGAUCAAGAACGAGGCUGCAAUCCUGAACGGGAUGGACGACUACGGCGCUCUGUGGCGGGACAGCUACGAGUCGGACCACUUCGUGUCCGAGGUGGACACGCUGUGGAGGCAGCUGGAGCCACUCUACUCCGAGCUGCACACCUACGUGAGGCGCCGCUUGAAGGAGGUGUACGGCGACCGCAUGGGCGACGACGGCCUCAUACCCGCGCACCUCCUGGGCAACAUGUGGGCGCAGAGCUGGAGCAACAUCUACGACCUGGUGGUGCCCUUCCCAAAUGCCACCUCCGUCGAUGUUACCUCCGCACUAAAGGAGAAGGGUUACACCGCGCGGCGCAUGUUCGAGAUGGCGGACGAGUUCUACCGCAGUCUGGGGCUACCCACCAACAACAUGUCGUUUGACGAGUCGCGCGCGAUGAUCGAGAAGCCAAGCGAUGGCCGGCAGGUCGUGUGCCAUGCCUCAGCUUGGGACUUCUGCGACCGCCAGGACUUUCGCAUUAAGAUGUGCACGAGCAUCAACAUGAAGGACUUCGUGACGGUGCACCACGAGAUGGGCCACAUCCAGUACUACAUUCAGUACAAGGACCAACCAAUCACGUUUCGGCAGGGCGCCAACCCGGGGUUCCACGAGGCGGUGGGCGACACCAUCGCGCUCUCUGUGGCCACAACUCAGCACUUGGUCAGAGUUGGACUGCUAGAUGGCGAUCACCAGGAUUCCGAGGAGAGUGACCUCAACUCGCUCAUGGAGAUGGCUCUGAACAAGGUGGCCUUCCUGCCCUUCGGACUGCUGAUAGACAAGUGGCGCUGGGACGUGUUCAGCGGCAGUGUCUCGCCCCAGCAGUGGAACUCGCACUGGUGGUCGCUCAGGCAGCGCUACCAGAAGGUCCGGGCGCCGGUGCAGAGGGGCGAGAGGGACUUUGAUCCCGGCGCUAAGUACCACAUCCCCGGCGACUCGCAGUACAUCGCGUACUUCGUGGCGCACGUGCUGCAGUUCCAGCUGCACAAGGCUCUGUGCGAGGCGGCGGGCCAGUACAACGCCUCCGACCCGGCGAGGCCGCUCCACAAGUGCGACAUCUACCAGUCGACGGCCGCCGGCGACAAGCUCAGGGCGGGACUGCGGCUGGGCGGCUCACGCCACUGGGCCGACGCUCUGCAGGAGAUGACCGGCCAGCGCUCCGUGGACGGCUCGGCGCUGCUCGAGUACUUCCAGCCGCUGCACCAGUGGCUGAAGCGCAGCAACAUCGCGGCCAAGGACCAGACCGUGCCCAUCGUCGUGGCGGCAGUGCUGCUGGUGCUGGUGGUGGUCGUGGUGGGGGGCUACGUGGUGGUGCGGUGGCGCCGGGCGCGCGCCGCCAGACGGGGCACUCAGGACGAGGAGGCGGACACCCAGGAGAUGAGCAGCACCGUCCCGGAACCGCAGCCCCAGCCACAGUCCGAGUCCUCCAAGAAGGAGGACAAGUGAUACCCCGCUCCACCCGUCCUCAACCCUGGUGUGUGCUGCCACAGGACAGUGUGCUAAGAAGAUAUAACUUGCUACAGAGGGGAACAAAGUAAACCGUAUGAAAAUAUGACUGUUACAACUUGUGGCUUAUAAAAUAUAUUCAAGUAGGUACUUCAAUUCAUAUUUAAAAUAAGAUAUGAUAAAAUGUGACCUGCAUUAUACCUACACAUAAAAGAGGGAUUUUUUUGUAGUUUUCAAACAAUAUACUUGUGGCUGUGAAAUACUGCAUGUGGACAAAAUGACUAGUUGAGGUGAGUGACUUUGUUAGAGGUUGAGUGUCAUAGCAGAGCCUACGUGUUUGGCUUCCAAGUCUUUCGUGGAGAGCCUCGUGUGAAAAGGGUUUUGAACAAGAGGGCCCGGAGCUGUGUGUGAGUCGGCCGCAGAGACAGUGAAAUGUUGCUUCAGUUCUUUCACAAUGUAAAAAAAAAGUAUUGUUAAUACAUAUGCAUAUUUCACUUCAAAUACCUAUUGUCACAUACACAUUCAAAUUAAGAGCAAAGUAUAAAAGGUAGUUAGGCACCUUAGAUUUUAUUCAAGAUUUUAUGAUUCAUUUAUUUUUAUACACAAUGAAUAAUGUUGAAUAAUUGACUAAAGAAAAAUAUUAAAAAGUACGAAGCAAUA